AUGAGGGAAAGUUGUUGGCCGCCCUAUCCUACUCAUGGGGCAUCCUGGUACCAGAAAGACUGCCAUUUCAAUGGGCAUGGCGAAAUCCCUGGGCCAAGAGACCCUAUAUGCGAUGCAGGCAGCAAAUUGUAUUCAGUUGAGAUAUCGAAAAACGAGGCGCUAAUGCAGGCUCUUGGAAAAGUGAUCAGUUUUAAAAUUGAGAAGACGGAGGUUAUUGAGGGAGAGGUGGUGGAGAUACGAAUUGAGAGGGAGAGGUUAUUGAGUGAUGGCUGGGUGGCUUCGAGGACAGGAAAGCUGACGCUAUAG